AUGGAGCCCUCCUCGUAUAAACAGCUGAUCACUGGCCGAGGCUUCAAAUACAAUUACUUUUUUUCCGCUGGACAUCCCUCCAAACCAACAAUCUUGCUUGUCCAUGGGUUCCCUUCGACAUCCUACGACUGGCGCCACCAAGUUGCUUUCUUUCGAAAGGAAGGCUUUGGUCUGAUCGUACCAGAUGCACUUGGAUAUGACGGUACGGACAAACCGAGCAACCCUGCAUCCUACAAACAUCGCGGUAUGGCUGCGGACCUGGUUGAUAUACUGAUCGCCGAAAACGUCGACAAAGCCAUUGCCGUCGGACAUGAUUGGUGCGAUCUUAUCUUUUGCCGUAUUUCUGAAGAAUCCCUGAAGGUUCAAAAUCAUUCCAGGGGAGCGGUGUUAGUGAGCCGGCUGGCUAAUUACUAUCCCGAGAGAUUCCUCGCAUUCGCAUUUCUGGCUGUCGGAUAUUCGCCUCCCCAUGUCGGAUACACCUAUGAAGGCACUGUAAACCUUCUGACGCAGGCGGUUGGGUACAAUCCUUUUGGAUACUGGCAAUUUUGCACAGAAGAGGGAGCAGGCAAAGUUAUCACGGACCAUUGGGACUCCGCUCUUAGUUUGAUUUACCCUUCUGAUCCUGGACUAUGGAAGGACCACCUCUGCCCUCCAGGCGCAAUGAAGGCGUGGCUUCAGGCAGGGAAAGUGGCGCCAGCUGCUUCCUAUCUCACCGAACAGGAUAGGGAAAUCGUCACGCACAAACUGAAAAGCAAUGGACUUGAUGGCGGCUUGAACUGGUACAAAUGCACAGCAUUCCGCUUAAAUGUUGAUGACGACGAACACAUACCGAAGACAAAUUACGCCAUCCAGCAACCCGUGUUCUAUGGUGGUUGCAAAGCGGACUACGCCACACCGCCUCUGGUGGCAUACCAUAGCCUGAAUCAAUAUUGUUCCGACCUGGCCACAGUAGAAUUCAAUACGGGGCACUGGUGCCAACUCGAGGUUCCUGACGAGGUAAACCGUGAACUAUUAUCGUGGAUCAAGAACAAAGUAGCGCUGUAA